ACUUUAUUUAUUUGGAAAAUUUGAAUUUCCAUACUUACAAAACCCUAUUAUUUUUUCCCUAAAUACAUACUUACUAAAAUUGGUAAUAUAUGACAAUUUUACUACUUUUCCAAAACUAACCCUCCCAUUUGAAAUCCUAAUCCCAUCUCAGCCGACUCUCUCUCUCUCAACUCACCAACACCCAAGCCACAGUCGGACCAUCAGACGAACGGCCUCCCAAACGCCACCCACGAAACGCUCACCACGAACCCACGAAUCGCUCAUCCAAACGCUCACCCACGCUCAACCCCAACCCCAAACGCUCACCCACGGACCCCGACGAAAACCCCAGCCCCAAGGACGCUCACCCGCGAUCAACCGAUGCUCAACCCACAACACUCAACCGACCACGACGGCGCAGCAGAGGAAGUGACCGGACCGACCCAUAUUCGAAAUGGCCAAGGUGUUAUUUUUUUGUUUUUUUUUUUUAGAAAGUGUUUUUAAGAUUUAUAUUGUGUGUGAUUUUGUUUGGAAUUGUUAGUUGUUAGAUUUAAGAAAUUUUUUGGGUCCGAUUUUGGUGUGGGGUUGUUUCGGAUCUGUGAAAGGAGGAGGGUUGUUUCGGAUCUGUGUUUCGGGCUGGGAAGAUGAAGGUCCAAUGGUGUUGGGGGGGUCCGAUGGUCAAUUUUGGUUGGUCCGAUUGUACGGGUCCGAUGGUCAUAGUUGGGUCCGAUUGUACGGGGUCCGAUGGGGUUGUUCAGGUCCGAUGGUCUGAUUAUGUAUGGGUCCGAUGGUGCCAAAUUUAAUUGUUUUGUAUGGGUCUGAUGUCUACCAAUCGAACCUCACAGUGGGUCCGAUUGGUAGCCAUCGGACCCGUGGGUUGAUUUUUUUUUUUUUUUGGUCUUAUUAAUUAGUAAUUAGUUAUUGUUUGAUUACCAAUUAAUAAUUUUGUAUUUAUUAUUAAUUAUUGUUGUAGUAUUGAUUAUUAAUUAUUUUUUUUAAUUUUUAUUGUUUUUUAAUUAUUAGUUAUGUUGAUUGAGUAAUUAUUAAUUAUUGUUUUAGUAUUAAUUAUUGUUUUAUUAUUAAUUAUCGAUUAUUGUUUCUUUUAUUAAUAAUUAUUUUAUAUUAUUUACUAGGUAUUGUUUUAUAUUAAUAAUUGUUUUAUAUUAAUUAUUAAUUAUUUUUUAUUAUUAAUUAUUAAUAAUUGUUUUACAUUAAUUAUUAAUAAUUGUUAUACUAAUAAUUUUUUUAUUAAUAAUUGUUUUAUAUUAAUGAUUGAUAAUUAUUUUAUUAAUAAUUUUUUUAUUAUUAAUUAUUAAUUAUUGUUUUAUUAUUAAUUAUGAAUUAUUGUUUUUUUUUCUAUUAAUAAUUAUUUUAUAUUAUUUAUUAGUUAUUGUUUUAUUGAUUAUUUCAUAUUAAUAAUUAUUUUAUAUGAAUUAUUAAUUAUUUUUUUAGUUAUAAUUACUAAUUAUUGUUUUAUUAUUAAUUUUCAAUUAUUGUUCUAUUUUUUUAUUAAUAAUUGUUUUAUAUUAAUUAUUUAUAAUUAUUUUAUUAAUAACUUUUUUUAUUAUUAAUAAUUAAUUAUUGUUUUAUUAUUAAUUAUUAAUUAUUGUUCUAUUUUUUAUUAAUAAUUAUUUUAUAUUAUUUAUUAGUUAUUGUUUUAUUAAUUAUUUUUUAUUACUAAUUAUUUUAUAUUAAUUAUUUGAUAUUGUUUUCUUUUUUAUUUUUUUUAUUAUAAUUGUUUUAUAUUAAUUAUUAAUAAUUGUUUUAUUAAAAUAUUUUUUUAUUAUUAAAGAAACAAUAAUUGUUUUAUUUUUGUAUUAUUAAUUAUUAAUUAUCGUUGUUGGUUUUUUUUUUCAGGGAACUGCACAUCUUAUAAUUCCAGUGUCAGACCAUUACACUAGCCGUGUCACAUGGCGCGGGGGUAGUUACUACUACCCGAAGAUUAAGGCUAAAUUUGAAGAAUUCAACCUAUUGGACAGGGUGAGGGAAUCCCCUUUCAAACAAUUUUUCGAGAGAGAGCUCAUACAAUUUUCUGGAGCAUUUUUUCAUCAGUUGAUGCUUCACAAAAUAAAAUCUGACAAGCCGGACGAGGUGCAUUUCUAUGUGGGAAGGAAGAGAUGUAGAUUUGGGAGGGUGGAGUUCAGCUUGGUCACCGGGUUAAACUUGUUGCCCGACCCUACUGAGGAAGACAUCAAACAAAAUGGAAGCUCUGACCGGUUGAUUAUGGAAUAUUUCAACGGUAGUGCUUCGAUCAGCUUCGGCCAACUGUGCAGAGUUUUUGAGAGCUGCACAGAAGCUGAUGAUGUCUACAAGUUGGGGAUGGCCUUGUUUGUUAUGGGCGUCCUCACUGGUAAGGAGGAGAAGGCUGUCGUUCCUCCUUUUGUGAUAAGAAUGGUUGAUAACCUUCCAUUCUUCUACGAGUACCCCUGGGGAAAGAUUUCUUACACCAAGCUGAUGGAAACUUGUAACAAGGAUUACUUAGAUGUGAAGAAUAAGAUGUUGAAAAAGAUUGAGAAGGGAGUCACUCAGAAGGAGGCAAAAUACUCAGCCUACGGCUAUACUGCAGCGUUGCAGUAUUGGGCAUACGAGGCCAUAUUACAGCUGGGCAACGAGUAUGCAGUGAGGAGGUCGCAUCGCUUUCCGAGAAUGGUCAACUGGGAGAGUAAGCCGAACACUACACUCGGGAAGGAUGAAGUGACCAGAUUAUUUGCUAAAAAUUUGACAGUGUACUCCAUGUUAUGUCCUCGGCCGACCGAGAUUGAGUUUGUGAGUUACAUAACCGGGGGUCAGCCUCCGUUAUUUGUUGACUUGGAGGAACUUGUGUUGGGUGAGGAUGGGCAACCAACACAGGAUGUUUUGCGAAGCCAGGCCGAAAAGUUUGCCUCCACAUUGGAAGAACGAGCGGAGGUAGCCCGAAUAUUUAAAGACUCUACACCACCUCCACCGUCUCCACCACGUGCACCGCCUGCAGUUCCAGAUGGGUCUGGUGUUGACCCAUCUCCAGCUUCAGUUCCUGAUGGGUCUGGUGUUGACCCAUCUGCAGCUUCAGUUCCUGAUGGGUCUGGUGUUGACCCACUUGCAGCAUCACAGGAUCCUCCUGUUCGCCCGUCAGCUUCUAUUCCCAGCACCUCAGAGGCUCGCGAUCCAGUAUACCCUGCCAUUUUGGCAAGGUUGGAGACUGUGGAGAGGGGUCAGGCCGCUCUGCUAAGAGGACAAACAGCGAUUAUGGAUCAGUUGAAGACCAUAAUGACGCUCCUGCAAGAUCCUGGAAGGCCGGCAGUAGAUUCACAGCCACAGCCACAGCCACAGCCACAGCCACAGCCACAGCCAAAAGAAGAGGCUCGGACACCGGAAGAUGACUUCAUUCUCCCAAAUGAUUACCAACCGGAUGAUGAUGACAUGUUCUGUACACCUGAGAAGACGAAUAUCACCAGCAUCGGGCAUACUCAGGAUUCUGAGGUGCAGGUGUUAGAGACAGCUCCAGAAGUAAUGGAGAACCGGAGGAAGAGAAGGCGGUCUAGGUGGUUCGCUGAGUACACUGAAAUGAAGAAGAAGGCUAGGGCUACUUCGACACUCGUGAAUGCGGACCCACUUAGAGUGGUUGAUCGGAAGCUGCUCAAGACUUUUCACAAUUGGGUACUCGGCCAGAUUGGGAACAAUUACCCGAGAGAGUGCUUCACCGGUCGAUACCAUUUGUCUUGGUUCCUCGAACUACAUACUCCGAAGUUUUGGCUUGGGAACGAUCAUUUGGAUGCGGCAUUCCAUUUGAUGAGGAGGUGACAACACUUUUAUCCAGAGGCCUACCCAAAUAGAUGUGUCAUCAUGCCGUGUAUUUUCCCAGCAGGAGUUAUUGCUCGGUGGGAAGCUGCGGGUGAUGACCAGGCUAACUAUCAGUGGGACGAGAGCAUAUUAGAUUUGAUUCGAGGGGAUGAAAGUCAAUUCUUGGCCAGUUGGAAGAAUAAGGAGAGAAUAUAUAUAGCCCUCCACUUCGAUGGAGCACAGCAUUGGGUGGCACUAGAGGUAGAUCUGGAUCAUUGGUAGUUGAACAUAUUUGACUCGAGCCUCGGAUCGAUUUCCCCGAACGAAUUGAAGAGUCACCUGGCAAUGUGGGAAAAAUUACUACCAAAUUUGCUACUGCAGGCUGGCCUAUUCGAGACUCAUGACAUGAUCCUCGUGCCUCAACUUACAGCCUCAGAGAGCCAGGUCAGAAAUUUCACUUCAAAAGUCAUGGAUCGGGCCGUUGUUCCACAGACAAAGACAAGGUAACUUAAUUACAAUUGAUUUUUUUGUUAUUUAACUUGAAUUUAAUUUGCAUACUUUUAUUUAUUUACUUUUUAUUGUCUCAUACAGCGGUAACUGCGGGAUGUACGUGAUAGAG